AUGCCAAAUACCUCCUGGUGGGACAAUACUGGUUUGGCAUUCUGCCUUAUAAUCAAGCAUCUCGUGAUACCCUACAUCUCUCCAGCCUUGAAGAAAGCCUCGGAUAUUCCUCUAUUCAGCCUAUUUUUCACUUUUUCCGUUCGUCGUAAACAAGCUAAAUCAAGUAUACCUUUGUUCUUUGGUAUGGCACUCUCUAGCUUCCUGUGGGAUGGUGGUACUCGUGUAACGGGAAAGGCGCACGUAGAAGUAGAAAUUGAAAAUGUGUUUCUUUUUGUCGAGAUAAGGACCUUUAAUAAUGAAACGAAUUUAUUUGUUCUACAGAUGUGUAUCGGCAUAAAUAUGCAUUACUCCUUUCCGAAGCUACACACUUCACCUGCAUCAGCGGCUGUUUCGAUUCAUCAAAUAUACCUGGGUGAAUUUUCUUCAUUUAUCUCAACACCCAUAACAGCGUUGACAAAACUUACACUUUUCGAACCAUUGGACGUACUUUGUCAAAUUGGAACAAGUUGUGAUGCUGCUGCAGUUAGAGCACUGCCAUUUAUUAAAGCCAAUUUGAUUUAUUAUGUAGCGUCUCAAGCCUUCUGUAAAGACGAGGGAAAGCAUAAUACUCGGUCAGAAUACAUACAUUUGGCGAAUGAGAAGGUAUCUGGGCUACUGGCAUGGUCCAAAGGCCAGCCCACCAGGCCUAGUACAAAGGCCAAGUCUAAAGUGGCACCUCGCCAAUACUGGGAGAUAAACAACCGUCGUGUUGCAAUUAUUCAAGCAAAUGGGGAAUACUUUGAACGCACUGUUCAGUGGAUGAAUAAAAAGCAAAUUAACAUAGAACACAAUUUAGAUGCUUUAACUCUUAUUCAAACCGAUAUCGCUGAUAAAUUUUGA